AUGGCCACCAACCAUCCGUACAACCUGCGAGCAAGGAAGCCGCACGCGGAGCAAAAGACCACUACACGCACUCGGGUGGCUCAGGUUGGACAACGGAGCCCUUCGAUUACUCGGGAUGCAAGAACGCCUCCGGCUUGCUCCACUGCGAUUAUCCGCCUGGGCAGCGCCCUCGUCUCCAAUUUUGAUCUUGCAAUGAGGAACUUGAAGGAGGUGCCGAACAUGAUCGAUGCUGCCAACGGGCAACCCGCAUCCGUCGAAUUUGCGUCGCGGACCCUGACCCAAUCUAUCGAAGUGAUUAACGCGGCCUGUGCUGGCCACCCAUUCCAUAGAUUGACGGGUUCGGCGAGCACUCAAUUGUCAGACGUCCCCGGAAGAAAACGUCGCCGUUCGCUCUCCCACGUCACCCCAGCGUCUCAGUGCCAUUGCGAAACAUGCGCGUGUCUUCUUAUUGAUGUCGAACCGAUCCCUACCAAACGGCGCCGACUGAAUCAGAGAUCAACUAUCGACAUCGCAAGAGCGGCGAAGGAUCGUGUUUCUCGGCUGCUGGUGCAAGAGAACCUCCUCAAACUCCAUCGGCAGAGGAAUUAUAUGGCACCUAUCAACCUUCUCCCAGACGCCCUCCUUCGUCGCAUAUUCCUCCUUGUACGAAACCCGGAGUAUAUACACUGGAUCAAGGUCUCUCAAGUCUGCUAUCACUGGCGCGUAACGGCCCUCUCCGACCAUACCCUCUGGUCUCGCUUGAUCCUCUCUCAACCCGCCGCAUCCCUAGAAUUCAUGCGCCGCGCACAUUUUACACCCCUGCACCUCUAUGUCCCCGAUGAAUGGAGAUCACGUAAAGCGCUCGCCGUAGCGAAGACAGCGCUGCUUGAAGCGCUCGAAAAAGGCGUACAUGGUUCUCCUCCCCGCUUGGCAAGCGUCCGUGUCGAUGGGCGCACGUCCGAAUCGGACCAGCUCUGCCGGCUGGUUUCUCAACAUGCCUCGGAGCUGCUAUCAUAUGACGUAUCCUGGCCCUCAGUCGCCCUUCUACAGGUGAUCCUCCCCAAACUCAAGGUUCUGAAAGUGUCCGCAGCGCCCUCCUUGAGUUGGGAUUCGGAGCUUAUGAGGAGUCUGUCAAAUCUCCGCGUACUCGUAAUCGAAGUCGACAUAUACAAAGUCCCCAUCUCUGGCGACCUGGAAGACGUUGUCGCCGUCCUCGAGCGCAACCAACAGUUAGAGCAUCUGGAUCUGUGUCGCACCCUCCCUCCAUGGAAGGAGGUCCCCGCCUCGCAAACAUCCGAAUCCCCUAUCACCCUACCCCACCUGAGAUCCUUAAGCAUCUUCGAGUACGAUGUCAGAUCUGUAGUUUUCCUCCUCCGCCGUUUACAGCUGCCUCAAACCUGCAGGGCCUCUCUCCAGAUCGUAGGGACGGAAGGCGGGUCCGUUGCUGCGAUUCCUACCGCUGACGAUAUCCUUCAUCUGUGGCGUAUUGUCUUCCCCGUCGGGCAACGGUACAGGAAGAUGUACCUGACUUUCCCCGAGUCCCUGCACAAACCGCAUCCUUUCGCGCUCGAGCUGGAGGUAACCUUUCGGAGGAAUCAAUUCACGAAACAUACCCUCAUAAGCAUACCGCACCCCGAGGGUCCGAGCAUCAGGGAUCGCCUAGCGCAGUUCCAGGAAGCCUUCGCGCCCGUGAAAGUGGACAUACUCUCGUUGUCGAUCGGAUUCCACCUGGAUCGGCGGUUCCUCGAAUGGUUAGGCGCCGUCAGGAAGAUGAGGCACGUUCGUACUCUCAUCCUGCCGCAUCAGCGAUGGCCCCGGUCUCUGGCCACGUUCGCAACGUUCUUUCGAAACCUCACGAAGGAGCGGCGCUACUUUCCCAACCUAAAUACGAUCCUCCUUCAAGGCGUUGACUUUGGCGAUGACCCCUCGAGCCUUUCUCCCGCACAGAAAGCGAAAGAAAUAGAGAUAGAGGUGAAGCCGUUCGUCGCAUUAUUGACCGAGCGCGCCGCAGGAAAUGGCGGCGCCCUGAAAGAGUUACGGUUGAGCUCCUUCCGGAAGAAUGAGGUGUUUCGGGAGGAGUGGUUGGAUAUCUUGAAGGCGGGGUUGCCAGGCGUCGACAUACAGUUUCGGUGGUAUGACCCUGCUUGUUAUUAUCUCUGGUAA